AUGGAUAACCUGGUUUGUUUAAAGUUAUUAAGAUCCAGAAAAAGGUGCAACCGAAAUGAGAUACAUAGUAUUCUGCCUAACCAAUGUAACGACAUAGUAGCUCUGCUUUUCUUCAAAAGGAGAAGUAACUCUGAAGAUAAAGGCCUUAAUUUGUGCUUCAAUUUUUUCAACAGUCGUAAUAGUGCCCAUUUUUUCCUAAACAGUGAUACGCUAAACUGCAUCUGGAUAUGUUGCGACAAGGACACUUUUACAAAAGGGAAAAGUAUAUCGCAACAAUCUGCCGUUUUGAAUUUCUACAAUUUUGCACAUGUCAAUAAAAUAAAUGCUCACCUUGAAAAUCGAGAAAUAAUAAUUCAAGGUAACACUCUUCAGCUCGAUAUUUAUAAAAAGGCACACACGCAUGGAAAGACAAGUGAAAGGAAUAAGCUGUACAAUUUUUAUAUUUCCUACGAUAGGCUCUUUCGCUUUGUCGUUUCUCUGAAUAAAAAACUCUCCUUUUUGGACUCGUUCAAUGAAAAAUUUGUGAAAAUAAUUCCAAAGGGGGAAAGCUCCUUCUUCAUCGUGCUGAACGACAUCGUCUGUAUUAAGCUGAUAGCGAAAGGACUAAGCUUAAAAGUGACAAAAGUAUCAAGCUUGCAAAACAUUUUGACGAAUGUACGUGGUUAUAUUUACUUCCAGAAGUGUGUUUAUAGAAAAGACCAACUAUUCAUUUUAACACUGACGGCUCAGCAAUUUUUGCUCAUAUUUAAUGGAGGGGAAACGGCCCACUUGGCAAUAAAUAUAAAUAAACACUUGAGAACCCUUUUCACCGACUUCGAAGUUAGUCAUGAUCUGUCGCACGCAUUGUUGGUUGACUUGCGCAACCAGCUUUGGUCCUUUGAUUUAGAAAUGUAAAUGUAUUCGUUACAUACAAGGGAGGAGACAUUCAAAUAUGUAGAAAUUUGCCAAAAUGGGGAUGACGAAAAGGAGUUCCACUCAGAACAAAAGGAAUUCAUCCAUUUUGAGCAAAGUAAAAGAAAAAUAAAGUUCAAUUUUGAAUCGUAUUUUCCAGACUCCUUCAAAUUGAGACAAAAAUGGAUUUACGUAAAUGCAACGUGCAGGAGAGAAAAGGAUAACAAUGUUAUUAGCAUAUGGAAUUAUAAAAAUUUGGAGAACUCCAAAUAUGCUUACAUAAUUGGCGAAAUAAAAAAUCGGUGUGGAGAAAAAUGGAAUUUCUACCAACCUGUAAAUCAAGUAGAACCAUUUGAGGAGAAUGGGAAGAACAACCAUCGGGAAAGUUACACCAGAAUGUUAUAUUUCUACGAAUGGGAGAAAAGACCCACCUAUUACAUAAAUUUUUUAAAUCAUUUUAGUGAAUAUGACGCAUGCUCCCAUGAGGAUAUAGGGAACAAUGUUGCAAACGACUGGGGAUAUGAACGUUUGGAAACUAAUAGCGAAGAGUCGAUAGGAUCUUAUGGCAUAAAGAUGGAUUAUCACCUUGAGAAGAAGUAUAGUAUUCACCAGAAUGAGGAAAUGUAUCGAAACGUUGCUAGUCGGAGAGGUGGAGGAGUCAACAAAGUGGGAGAGAUAUACACGAAAUCAGCGGAUCCCAAUUUAGAGCAAUGCAUAAAAAGACUUAAUCAGGUACUCCCAAAAUAUAUACAGCACAUCCACGUGUACGAUCACUUUACUGAUGUAAAAAAUUUAUUCCUCAUUAAGCGAUUUCUAAAAUGGAAUAAUAAACGUGGGGAUAAUUUACAGAAGGCGAAAAGUAAAAAUUCCCUGUAUGGUAAAAAAGUGAGUAGCGUAAAGUUACAUUUAUGUAGGAAAUACUUUUUUGUUGAAUAUGUACACCGUCCAGUGGAGGAAGAGGAAGGAGGACAAUCUGAGCGAUACUUAACUGUUCUCAAAAGGGAGGGUAGACAGAUUGAGUUCCUCUCCACACUGAAGAAUUACAACUAUUUCUACCUGAAGAACAAAUGGCAUGCUCUGAUCCACGUUGAUGAUGUGCUAUGCAAAGUGUUAUUCAAAAAUUACAUGCACGCUCUGUUCAGCAUCAGUUCAUACAACAAGAGGGGACAGACAGAGGGAAUUCUAAAAAUGAAUAAUAUCAAAAGGCAUUACCACUACUUUGUCAUGUUAUACAACGGAUUCUUAAAUAAAGACAUGAAUUUAAUUAGAAAAACGUUGAGAAUACUUUCCUUCAAAGAAACGGUACUCCUAUGCAGAAUGUUAUUUCACUACAUUUGGAGUAAGAAAUAAAUGAGCAGUUUUAUGAGCAUUGUAAAGCACAAGAGGGAGUGCAUACAGAUAUACAUGGCAAUGUCUCUGAGAAAAAUCUCCGACAUAGUUGAUGUGAUUGGAAAGAAGUACCUCUGUUUUCAGGAGAGCAACGAAUUUGAAAGAUCGAAGAUGCAAAAUGGGUUUGGGUCAAAUGGUAAGGGCAUACAAAAUGGGGGUACCUCUGCCCUAUAUAAUAAUAAAAAGAAGAAGAAAAUAAUCAAAAUGAAUAUUACACUUUCGAAAGGUAGACAGACGCAAGGGGGCAAUUUAAAGGACUGCUUCGAAAUGAUAAACCAGAAAAAUGGAACCUCCCUCAUUCCUCAGAGCCGUUCCCCCAAAGGUGGAACCUUCGCAGAUGGCCAUUUCGCUCACUCCACUUCGAAGAAAGAAACGCAGGGGAAAGCAGAACUGAAGAGUCCCGCACAAGAGGGGAAUAAGCCAUCCAGGUGCACAAACCUCAAGUCAGAUAUAUCGCCUUACGGGAAAAGAACCAAACCUGUCACGGAUGGCAGCAGCAGCAGGAGAAACAUCCACAGCAACGACAACAACAAAUAUAUAAAAAUAUUUCUCAUAUACUACUUUGAAAAACUGUGCUUUCGCGAUAACUACAAUUUAUUUUUGAAUAAAAAGUACAGCAUCGAAAUGUGCUCGCUGACUUUACACUUUAUCAUCUCAUUUAUAGACCACUUUGUAAAGAAAAAACGAUCAAGGGGGAACAACUCCAGAAAAAAGAACAAUGCAAUUUUUCUUGAACUUAAUAAAUAUAUAUACUUUGCUAAACUUUUGAUGAAUGUACUUCUAAGCAAUUCUGAAACGAGAGUAGAACAGACCAGCAGAAGAAAUGUGAGCCGGGGAAAUGUCUGGGAAGAUAUGAAAUCUUUUCAAAAUUUGAAUGGCAGAUUGCACGAACCAAAUUUUUUCAGUUCCAUCUACCUUAGUGUGUACAAUAUGUAUGAUUCGAUAGCGCAAAUAUUGUACGUAAAAAAAUCGGCCUCCGACAAGAUAGGUAAGCUCCUUCAAGGAGAUAACACUCUGGACAAUGCUAGCAGUAGAGGUGAACAAAAUGGACACGUCAAUGGGGCAGCAGAGGGUGAGACUACUCCUCAGCUGAAAAGUAAAGGUGAUAAAAAAAGUAGCAAGUGGAAUAAUGGAGUGUCGCUACCCCCUGACGAGUCGUUUCGCAUCUCUAAUGGGGGAACUUCCCAAAUGGUGGGGAAACCAAGCACAAUUUGUGAGGAAGGAGGAAUCACAAAGGGUAGAAGCGUAAAAAUGAGUGACCCCUCUAAUUCUGACCGUUCGAAGCUAAUUAUAAGGGGAAGCAAUCUUGGGGUUCGCGAAACUGGUCAGGGGUCGUACAUCGCAUCAAAUAAUAAAAUGGACAAUGCUCAAAACAUCAGGAAUCUCGUUUUUUAUCUGUGCUACUGCUUUAUCGUCAAUACGAAGAGGAAAAAGAAAGCGCUUCCAUACUUUUAUAUGAAAGACGUUCUAUACAGAGAGGUCGCUACCUCGAAUAAGUUACUUUGUGCCGAGCGCCCCUUCGAUAGCGUCAUUUACGACAUACUCAAAAGCAACGAUUUGAGUACAGUUAUUUAUUACAUUUACAUGAAGAAGUAUGAAUUCUUUUUGAAUUUCCUGCUCUUAUAUUUUAACUACAACCUGCUGCACAAUUUUUUGCAAAGCAAUCGAGACGACUUUGUGAGGACCUUCGUCUAUGGCGUUGCUCGGGGGGGUGCGAACAGCGGGGGAAAUGAGGCCAAUUCGAAGGACGUUCCCCAGGGGGAGAAGAAGCCUACCAGGGAUAUGACGACGAAGCAGGCAACGGAGCAGGCGACGAAGCAGGCGACGAAGCAGGCGACGAAGCAGGCGACGAAGCAGACGACGAAGCAGACGACGAAGCAGACGACGAAGCUGAAGAUAAAGAUAAAGGUAAAGACAAACGAACAGACUAAGGAACGCAAGGGAGAAUAUAACGCACUUUUCAACAAACUCCUAAGUGCUAUUAUAAACGAUUCUGGAAUUACAAUUAACAGGGGAGAGACGCACAACUGUAGCCCCUUUAUUGAUUAUUUAUUCAAGGCCGAGGGGGGCAACGCUUCACUAAUUGGCAAAGAAAAUGAAAGGCUGAUUAUUCGCAAAAGUGGGGUUGCUUCCGGGGAAAUUGCUACCUCGUGGAACUCCACCAAUGGGAUAGCGAACGGGGGGUACGAGCCGAAUGGAGAAAUUGGCUGCACAGAUAAAUGCUCAGUAGUUAAGGGAAACCACAACAGGGAUGAAGUGCAAAGGGGUAAAAUGAACUGCCCCUAUGAUAGCCCUGGAAUGAACUCCACCCGCAACCGUGUCAUUGAAGAACUCUCGAUGUACUCCCCUCAUAAAAUGAAAUUCGAAGAAAGGAAGAACACAUUGAAGAACACCAUAUUGAAGAUAUACAAGAUGUACGACACUCUGAAUGAUAGCUUCACAAAAUUAAAAAACGAAAUUCAAGUGAAAAAUAUAAACACAUUUUUGCAUUUUCAAAAUGAUAUAAAAAGAAUUUUAAAGAAGAACCUAGUAAGUGUAAUCAUGGAGGUAUACAAAUUAGUGAUGGAAGAUAAAGAGGAAUGUAAUUCGCAUUUUAAGGGGAACGUAAUGAAUCACUUGGUCAGUAAUGCGAAGAUCCCAUUUUGCUUUAUCCAUUUGAACCCCCACAAAAUGGUGAUAAACUACUAUGGAAUUAUCAUAUAUAGACUCCUAUGCAACAAUAUAGACACAUACCUGAACGUGUGUGUACGCAUAUUAAAAGUACUAUGUGUAGAUGUGUUGAAAUUUUUAAAAAAAAUUGCCCUAAAUACUUUGAAGAAAUAUAUAAGAAAUAAAUUGCUCCUAUUUUUGCGUAAGAAUGGCUGCACAUUUAGUGUAGCGGAUAAGAGGGCCAUCAAAUUUGUGGCUAUUCUGGAACUCUUUUACAGAAAUAGCUCCUACGUAGCUGAGUAUAACAAUGCAUACACAGAUUAUAUGUUGAAGAGAAAUGUUUUUAAUCUUUAUCACAGUGCAGCCUUUUUAGGUGCACUGAAGAAGAAACUGCACCAUAGUAGCCACAACUACGUUCAUGAGAGAAUAUACAAAGAGAAAAGCCCCUUGAGGGUUCUUACUCUCCUUAACAUGUUCGAUGCGUCUAACAUAGGAAACACCCAGUUUGUCAACCAUUUUGACCACGCCUCGCAUCUGUAUGUGCCGUUCGUUAUUCAGAAUUUUUUCAACACGUACUACGUGCAGGGUGGGAGAGAAAUGCGGGGGGAGGAAGCCAUGGGGAGGAAAAAAAGGGACAAAAUGAGGGACAAAAAAUGGGACAAAAUGAAGGACAACAAAAGGGAAAGAAACAAGGCGCAUUCGCAAGGUGCAAAAACCAUAAUAAGCCAUUCUUCACUUAACUGGAUAAAUACCAAACGGAGGGACACGAGGAAAUGUCACCUAGUCCGGAUGAAAAGGGGUUACUUGAUCAAAAUCGGGCACAAUGGGAGAAUGAACAACAAAUUGCGCCACACACGCAGGGACCAAGUGGCUAUACGUCGGAGCAAUAAAAGGGGACCACCCAUUUGGGGAAGAAAAAAAAAAUUAAAUAUGCACACAAAUGAGUACAUCAAAAUAUAUGAACCGCGUCACACGACAGAUUUGUUCUUCGAAAAUUUAGAAGGAUUACCCCUCGAAGGAAGCAAACAAAUGAUUGAUAUUAUGUCCCAUUUGGGGGGAACAGAUAGGGAUGAUAUCACCCCCGAGUGGAAUCUCCCCUCUGGUGGGCAGAAUGAGAAAAGCACAAAAAUUGCAGCAAAUGAUGAAGUACAAUUUAAUUCUACAAUGGUGAAUGCUGCCAGAAGUGAAUCCAAGAAGAACCCCAGCUGGGAAGAGAAACACUCUAGCAAAAUUUCGUGUUGUUAUUACACAAGCAGAAGGGGGAAUAACAACGUUGUGACAUUCAACAUGGCGAAAAAUUGGAUGAAAUUGAAAGGGGAGGAAGUAGACGACUUGACAAUUAUCAGUUACAAAAAUUUCAGCAGCAAUGUAAUUAGCGAAAGGAGUAAUCUGCUCUUGAGGGAAAAAGAUUCGUACAGGAGUUGCCAAAAAAAAGGAAAAGGAUAUUAUUUCAAUUUUGACAACUACGACAACGAGUGUUACUGCUUCUGUUGUGUCGGCACUCAGGUAAAAAGAGGAGAAGAGAAAGGUAAAAAAGAAGGCGGCCAAAUGAUUCAGGCUGAUUAUAACUAUAGCAAUGUCGACUCUGUUGAUGAUUUUGUAGUGCACAAUAAUCAGACCAUCGAAACCAUCUCAGAAAUUGCCCACAAAGACAGAAUUGCUGCUAAUGAGAGAAAUCUGAAAAGCGUUUACGUAAAUGAUACGUUUGUAAUUGAGCAGAGGGAGAAGGCACCCCCCGAGGACAUGCUCAUAAAAAGGAACAAAUCGGGGGAGAAUAUCCCUCAUGCACUUGUGAAACUUGAAGAGGAGGGUGAAAAAUCAUCCGGGACAUUAGCACAAUUUGAAAAAAUUCACAAAGGGAAACACCUCAUUGGAAAAAGUUCUUACCGAUUAACCCCGUGCGAUUUCCGUAGUGGUGGUUCCUAUCUGUGCUGCUCCAUAGACAUGUUAAAAACCGUAAACAGAAAUAUCAUGAUUAGAAUUAUUCUACAAAAUAGGGGCAUGAACUUUUUGUACUUCCUUAUGAAAUAUUUUGCCAAGAAGGGGACCCAAAAAUGGUUUUCACAACGUGGGAUUUACUCCCUCGAGGGGGAUCUUACCAGGGUGAGAAGCGAAACAGGGGGAAACAUCCACCAUUUGAAGCGCUCCAAAAGGGGGAGAACUUUGUUGUCGUUUUCACCUCUACAAGGGGAAACACUCACCGAUCAUCGGGUUGUCCUUAAAGAUGCACAUGCCAAACUGGAAGCGAAUAAAGAAGGGCGCGUCGGAGGCGAGCAGCACCUUCUGGAAGACAACCCCAUUUACAAACGCGUACUUUUAAAAAACAAACGUGGGGAAAAAAACAAAAUAAAGGCAAAAAAUUUAUUCUAUGAAUUAAUCAAACUUAUCAACAUAAAGUCGUACAACUCUCGUUUUUUUUUGCACAUCCUGGAGUACUACGCAGAUAACAGUGACUUUUCUGCUCUGUUCACCCUUCUGCAAACGUUAAAAUAUUUUAGCGAUAAUUUUUGCCAAACGGUUCACAAGUCGGCUGAGUUUAACUUUUACGAAAGGGUUAAAAUUGGGAAGAGCAUCCAUCAGGUGGGAAGCAAACGGGGUGAAGAGCGAAGACAUCACUUGGGGGUACAGUGCAAACUUGCGGAAGAGUCCCAAAGAAGGAGUGGUCAACACUUGGACGAAUAUGAAAAAAGUUUUUUAAAAAUAAUAAGUUACAUUCAAAAUGAGUUCCGAAAUGAGUGCACACCUUACAUUUACAAUUUUGUCGAGUCAGUACUGGAGGCACAUGGGAUUUUCCUCUUAAAUUUUGACUCAUUGUAUAACGUAAAAAUUUUGCACCACUCCCCUGGCAGUGAAAGCAUCCCUGGUGUGGCACCAAAUGGGGAAUCCGUAAAAAGGAAUGUCUUAAAUGAAUUUCCUAAGAUGCAGAGCGACGUAAAAUGCCACCUUUUUCGUGCUAGUCGCUCCAAAAGGUGCGCUCACAACGCACACAUUUGCUACUCCAUGAUGGUGAAACUGAGCAGGAAUUUACUAUGCUUGAAUUAUUUAUCAUACGAAAAUGUUAGAAGAAAAAAUGACAUAGAUAACUCUGUUGGAAAGGACAACAGCCUCAUGCAGUACAGGCAAAAGUAUCUAACUUCCAACCGGGUGAACAAACUCCACAAGUACAUUUUAACCUACCUGCUGGGAAAUCAAAGCUACACAGGAAUAUACUUCUUCGUGUUGAUGAACAGCAAGCUAUUUCGAUCUCCACAGAAUUGCAACUAUUUAGUAAAGGAGCUUUACAAAAGAGAACACCGUUUUUGCUUCUUUAGCAGAUCCUCCGAGUCACAUCUGCGUUAUUUACCCUGCUACAUAUAUUCCCAGUUGCGCAACAAUUUGUUAGCUCUGUCUUUGUACAAUUUGGCGGACAUAUUUUUGUACGACUGGGAGGAGUUUUCCGCAAAGGGUGAGCCUGUCAAAGUGGGAAAUGUACACAAAAGCAGUGAAAAAAAAGGAGCCCAGUGCAUCCAAUUUAGGGCCGCUAAUGAAGGGUCUAUGCCACGAAGGGUGCCCACCGACCAGCUUCACCGCGAUGAGACAGUUCACCACGACGAGGCGCUAUUCCACGCGCAAGAGGGGAGAGACCCGCCAAUCUGCCCGCGUAGAGAUGCCCCUUACAACGUGAACAAAGUAGCAAAUGGGCACAUGUCAGUAGAAGCACUGAGGAAAUCACAUCACGACGAUACGGAAGGAGCGAACUCCAUUGUGAACUCCCUUUUGAGAAGAGACAAAGAUGGUAUUCCCUUCAUGUCCCUUCACGUGCUAUGCUUUUUAAAUUUUAAGUUAUUUCUUUGCAUCUUCAUGUUUAGCAAUGUGGACAUCUUUGACUUGAAAAAAAAUAAAGAAAAUAGUCCCACUUAUGUAAACAUAUAUUUUUUUAAAAAAUUAACGAAGAAGUUUAUGCCCUCUGUGUAUGAAGCGUACUUUGGAAGCAAAACUCUUUUGAAGGCCAAAUUUAAAAUCAAGCUGGAAGAAGAAAAGGGCCCAAACAAGGACUUGUUCAAGUUGGCCAUCCGAAAUUUAGAGAAAUAUGCGGAGAAUUACCUCAAAGUGGGGAAGCAAGGGAGUGCACUUCAGCAGGGGGGCUCACACAACAAAACAGGGAAAGGCUCUCACAGCCUAUGCUUCGAAAACAUCCCAAUAGUCAACAAACUGUGCACUUCUCGCUGGAACUGCACGGAUAAGAAGUCCAAUUUGGUAGAGGCCAUCUCGAAGAUGAAAAAACGCACAUGUUCUAAAAAAAAAAUCCAUCAUUCUGUGAUGCAGUUCGAACACUAUUAUGAUUUUUUCACCUAUAACAAAGACUUGUCAUUAAAGCAAUUGUUGCAACAAACGGUGGACGAAACGUUCUUUAAAACCCACUUUUCCCCCUUUUCCAUUUUUAAAAAUAUUUUUAUAAGUGAAAAAGAUGACCCGUCAUUGGAACGUAUCGAUAAGGCUGCUUCGAAGGGGAGGGAGAUAAAAGAGAACCUUGACGGAAAAUUACAUUCAAAAAAGAAGCAGCGCCUCGAGGCGUAUCGCUUAUUUUGUAGUGACUCCCUCGCUGAAAAUAAAACGUUGAGGGAUAUGUACAACUAUAGGACAUUUUUUUCGGACGUGAGGAGGGGCCAAAAGACAGACCAUUACGCGAGUUAUCUGGCAAAAAUUAGGGGUGGUGAACUAAAAAGGGGGGAAUUAAACGACGCAAUGAGGAAAUCUACCUUUUGUUAUAGACAGGGCAAAUGUUACUAUGAUGGUACACCUGAGGAUACCCCGCAACAUGGCCAGAAUAGAUGCAGCCCGAUCAGCAAAAACCGCUUCUAUUUUUUAAAACAUUUUGAUGUGAAGCAUUUCCUGAUCUCGUGCCAGCCAUUGGUAGCAUACCACAUACUGAUCAUUAACCACGUCCAAUACAGACACAAAAGGGAAGGAGACCUAUCAAAAUAUCUAUAUAUAAAUAACUUCGACACGAAAGCGUGUAACGAUUAUCUUUUAAGUAGCAAGGUUCAUUUACCCCUAAAUUUAGCACAAGGUCUAAAGAAUGUUAUUAGCGACUUAUGUUUGCAGCUGAGUAUAUUCUACUUUAACAACAACGAUGUUCUGUGUUCCGUGUUAUGCUUCCUACAUCUGUGUAAUGUCAAUAUUGAAAAAGUGAAAAUGUACAUCCUUUCCAUGAAGAGUAUAUAUUAUUACUUUAAAAAGAAUUAUAAGAGGAGGGCCUUCUUUGACAAGUGGGUAAAGAACUGUGUGGACUUUCUCAAAAUGGAUAAAUACACCCUUGAUGAUUUUUGCAAACAGAGGAAGAAUAUAUUUUACGAAAGUUUUAACCUCACAGGUAUCAAUUAUUAUGACUUGUUUGAAAAAAGCUUUAUCGAAUUGAUUGUCAUUAAACUGUUUUUAGAUCUAUUCAAGGAGGGGGUACAAACUGAUUUGGACGCUGCUCCCCUGAAAAGGGAAAACAAAUGGGUCACGCAAAAUAGUGUCAGCACCAGUGAGACGUUGGGUAUUCCACGUAAGAAAGACGAAGAAGGGGGAACAACUGUGGAAGUGCCCAGAGGGGAUAAGUACACAUAUAUAGAAACGCGUACGAACAUGCGCGAUGAAAGGGGUAUAUGCGACUUGUCCGUUUUGCAUACAGCGGACACAGAUAAGUUACUCCCCCGUGGGGGGAAUGAACCUAGGGGGAGAAGUAUCAACAGAACGAAUCAGAGCAUAGCCAUUCCCGAUGAAGAUCAGAUAUCCCUGAGAGGAAACAUGAAUGAACAUCUUUUGGAGGAGAUCCAACCGGGAAAGCAACGCAACAGUGCAGGGGUAGGGGCAGAUUACUACACAACCAAGCCGGAGUCUAAAAAGAUGUUCAUCCUUAUUCUGCUAGAAAAGUCCAUACAGUAUAGAAUAAGGGACAAGAAGAGGAAAAAAAAAAAAAAAAUACUUUAA